AUGUCCUCCAGGCAGUCCGUGGGAGGCAACAGCAGCUCUUGGUUAAAAGCGUUGCUCGUCGUUGACGUUAUUGCGCUUGUUGCGUUUUUACUAUCGUAUGCAGAAAUCCACCCACAUGUGCUCAGUGCUAACACCUUUAGUUUCAGGCUCCUCAGCUUCCCCGCCUACUACCUACUUGCUAUCUCGAUAGCCUCUUCGAUCGUCAUGUUUGUGGGCUACUUGGUGUCGUAUAACUUUCCAAAUGGAGAAUGGGAGAAACUCGGGCUGUCUGACGUCGCGUUGGUGACGGGAGGAUCCAACGGUCUCGGGUUGGAAAUAACAAAAGCCCUCAUGGAGAAGCAGGCCACGGUUUACGUGCUAGACCGAGUCGCUCCUCCUUCAAAGUUGCUAGCGGGGCCCAACUUGUAUUAUCUUCCCUGUGAUUUGGGCAAUGAGGAGGAUAUUAGUGACACCGUGGACAAUUUGCUCCGCGAGUUGCGCAGCGCUAACCGGUUCAUUUCCGUGCUCGUCAACAAUGCUGGAAUCAGAGACAAUAAGGCGAUGAUCAACUUGGACUUUUCCCGAGUCAAGCUGAUUUUCAACGUCAACACCUUGCUGCAGGUGUUGAUUCUACAAAAGGUCAUCUCUAACCACUUGCAGCACAACGAGAUGGGCCAAUUAUCCCUCGUUACCGUCUCGUCCAUUCUAGGCGUGUUUGCGCCUAGGAACUUGUCGAUAUACUCGGCGUCGAAAGCGGCCCAGAUCAUGUUUCACGAGUCGCUCCAGCAAGAACUCAAGGAGUACCCCAAAAUCAGACUUUUGUUGGUGACUCCGGGACAAAUGGAUACCGAGUUGUUCAAAGACGUUACACCGACAAAGCAACUCGUCGCGCCUGUUGUAAGCCACGUGAAGCUAGCCGGAAUAAUUGUCGAAAGAGUAAAUAAGGGGUACAUGGGCUGUCUCGCCAAGCCCAUCUACGCCAGUUUCCUACCGGGCGUGAGAACAGCUCCCAUGUUCAUACAGGACUUUUGCCGCUGGAUUAGCGAAAUGGACGAUAAAAUAAAAGAGACCUAA